AUGCUCGGCGAGGCUGGGGCAUGGCUGGCGGGUGCUGGAGCGGCGCAAUGGGGCGGGGUGUGCGCGGCGACGGACAGGCUCGGCCUCUAUGUCGGAGUGACACAGGCGGUGAUCUGUGGGAUCUACUAUGGGCUCGGGGCCAUGUUUCUGGUGCUGGACCUGUGGCAGCGUCCUCAAGUGCUGUACGCCUGCAAGCUGCAGGGCGAGCGGCCGUUUGUGGCUGGCGGAAGCAAGUGGAACCCGGCGCUGGCCAAGUUGGCGAAGAGCCUGAUCAUCGGCUAUCUGACCGUCAUCCUUCCUGCCAAUAUGGUGCUGUACGCACUUGCCGAGUACCGCAAGUGGGGCGUUGUUGCGCCUUGUGGCCGGCUACCAACCCUUGGCGAAUUUGUGGGCCACCUGGCGUUCUGUGUGGCUCUCGAGGAGAUCUUGUUCUACUACGGCCAUCGGGCGCUGCACAAGCCUGGCUUGUACAAAGCCAUCCACAAGCAGCACCACGAGUUUAUUGCGCCGAUUGCACUUGCGGCCAACUACGCCCACCCGAUCGAGGUCCUCCUGUCUAACGUUCUCCCGCUCAUGGCCGGGCCGGUCCUCAUCGGCGCGCACAUCGUCACCAUGUGGACCUGGUUUGCCAUCGCCAUCGUCGGCACCCUCACCCAUCACUGUGGCUAUCGCUUCCCGUGGCAUCCGCUCUUUGACCAUCAGCCCAACUUCCACGAUACUCACCACGAGCGAUUCCUCUGCAACUACGGCCUACUCGGCAUCCUCGACUGGCUCCACGGCACCUACCGCGAGUCGCGCGGUUCGUCGGCCCAAGUCAAGGCCGCGUAGGCUACAUAGGCACGGGCGAACACCUGCAUAAACCAUUUGAUCCUCGAC